ACGGAAGUGACGUCACCUCGCAGCAAACGCCCCGGCGUCGUCUCCGUGGCAACGACCGCUUGUGGUCUCCAUGGUAACGUCAACAAUUCAAUUCCUAGGCGCUAUCGAAGCGAGCGAGCUAGCGGGCUGCUUCGAGAUAAUUAUUUAACAUUUAACUUUUUUUAUUUUCUUCCCCCAAAUAAACAUCUCCUUUUAAUAACACGUCUUAAUUCACCCGUUUUAUUUUAUUUCAUUCGUAAGUUUUCUUUUUUUUAAAAAAAAUUUCGUUUAAUUUUUUUCGUGUUGAUUUUACCAACCUAAACUUUUUCCACCCUUCCGUUCCGGCGCAGUUUCUGGCCAUGGCGAGUGUGUGGAGCCGAUCCGCAGAGGCGGAGCUCCGCGCCGGGGCCCCGCGCUCCGAGGCGGAGCUCCGCGCUGGGGCUCUGCGUGAGUGGGGCGACGCGCAGAGCUCCGCGUCGGGGCUCGCCGCGGCCGCCUGGGAGCGCGAGGCGGAGCUCCGCGCUGGGGACCUCGCGGAGACGGCUCAGAGGGAGAGCACUCGGGCACUGGAGUCACGUGUGGUGGACACGACGUUCCAGCGCCAGGAGCUGUCGCAGGCCCUGCGGGCCGUGUCGGCCUGUACGGAGCGCCUGGUGGACUCCCAGGGGCGACUCCAGCGGGCCAGAGACUCGUGCCGGGAGCCCGGGGUCGUGGCGGAGACUUGUCUACAGCACAGGCAAGGGCUUCCUGCUGAGCUGUCUGCUCCUGACGAGGUGGACGCUGAGCUCCGCCGGCAGAUGGCGCUCAGCGAGGAGGCCGUUGUGCUGCUACAGCGCGUCCUGGACAGCACCGUGGAGCAGAUUCGAGUGAAUCGCUCUGUAGAGUUCCACCUGCGGGCCGACUCGAGGCGCAAGGCUGAGGCUCAGGCCAUUGACGAGGCGUGCGGUCUCCUGCACAACAACUCGCGACUCGUUCGCCUCGCCGACGCCGACAACACAGCCACAGCCACCAACAACGUGGAGGGCAGCGGUGGAGCAGAGGGCGACGUCAGCGUGCAGUCGUGGCGUUCGUCCUGCGAGUCUCUGGCCUCGCGAGCGUCGCUGGCGGUGCGGGCCGGCGAGUCGCUGCUCGCCCUGGCCCUGGGUGCCCUCGGCAGGGCCCAGGAGGACGCUCGGAGCCAGGGGCGAGCCACAGGGCGGGCCCUCGCGGCCGCGGUGAGCGCGGCCAGGGAGAGCAAACGGCGCACGGAGGAGGCCCUGGCACAGACGAUGGAGGCGAUGUCCCUUCAGGAGGAAUCUCUGCGUCGCCUGGCCGAGUCCCUCGGUGGCCUGGAGGCACCGCUGGCGGUGUGCCGGGCCCGGCUGGAGGCCCGUCGGGGUCGGCCCCCCGGGGAACGCUGUCCGGACGCGGCGCAGAAACAGCUCCAGGCGGAGCUGGAGCAGCUGCAGGACAGCCGGGGGCGGCUGACCGAGGAGGUGAGGAAUGGCGAGGCUCAGCUCCGCGCCCUCCGACGGGCCCAGCUGGGCCUUGAGGAGGAGCUCGUCAACCGCGACCGCCUCCUCUACAUCGACGGAGCUCUGUGCAUGCCGCUGUGGGAAGGCCUCGCCAUUCGCGACCUCUAGAGGCGGCCGUGUCGGAGACACGGAUAGGGGCCUGGGUCCGUCUCACAAUGGCCGUGUCGGAGACACCGAUAGAGGCCUGGGUCCGCCUCACAAUGGCUGUGUCGGAGACACCGAUAGUCUGGGUCUGUGGGUGUCUCUGUCUCUGACCGAGGCCGCGUAAGAGACACCGAUAGAGGCCUCAGUGUCUGUCUCACAAUGGCCGUGUCAGAGACAACGAUAGAAGCCUGGGUCUGUCUCAAUGGCCGUGUCAGAGACACCGAUAGUCUGGGUCUGUGGGUGUCUCUGUCUCUCACCAAGGCCGCGUAAGAGACACCGAUAGAGGCCUCAGUGUCUGUCUCACAAUGGCCGUGUCGGAGACA